AUCCUCCCACAUGUUCAAUCUUUUUUUAGCAGUUUCCCCAGAGAUCUUUAUCAUUAAUGCAACCUUCAUUUUGCUCAUUCAUGGAGUUGUAUUUAGUACCUCUAAGAAAUACGAUUAUCCACCGUUAGUCAGUAAUGUGGGUUGGCUUGGAUUACUUAGUGUUGCGUAUCUAAUAACCUUGCUUCUGCUCGCCGCUGGCGCACCUCUCCUAACUAUUUCCCAUUUAUUCCGGAAUAAUCUUUUUAGGAGGGACAAUUUUACAUAUUUCUGCCAAAUCCUUCUAUUAUUAAGUACGGCUGGUACCAUUUCGAUGUGUUUUGAUUCUUUCGAACAAGAGAGGUUUGAUGCUUUUGAAUCCAUUGUAUUAAUUCCACUUCCUACUCGCAGUAUGCUCUUUAUGAUCUCGGCUCAUGAUUCAAUUGCCAUGUAUUUAGCUAUUGAACCUCAAAGUUUAUGUUUUUAUGUGAUCGCAGCAUCAAAAAGAAAGUCUGAAUUUUCCACGGAAGCCGGCUCGAAAUAUUUGAUCUUAGGUGCAUUUCCCUCUGGAAUAUUACUGUUUGGGUACGACCGGACAACUACCGAUAUCUAAAAAUAUCCUUUCUUAGAAUGUUGUUGUUAAAUAUAUAUCUAUAUAGUAAACUAUCGGGUAUUACUUAGAUGUGAAACUUGCAGACCUCAUUGGUUGUGAUAUUGAUCUUACGGGGGGAACGAAAUCAAAGAAUAUAUAGACUUGUAGAGACCCUCUAUGUAGUUGUCUAGCUAGGGUGUCUACAUCUUUCCCCAUAGCCCUGGGGCUGUGUCUCGAUCUCCUACGUGCGAAAUCUGAGGUCUGCAAGCCUAUGGAGAUUCCCCUUGGUCUAAUUCCACGCCUUAUGACGAAAGGGGAGUCGGCGUGGCGUAAAGUGAAGAUUGAGGGAAGUAGAGCAAAAUUCCCUUCUGGGGUAUUCCGAAGGUGUAACCUAGGCAACGAAAAAGGGGCCCGAUACUUCAACUAGAGGAGCGACCAGUUGGUUCACCAAACCCCGACCCAGCGUUACACGUUCUCCAGGUCCGAAGGGAUCCAGUACCCAACUACCGACUCCU